AUGGAAGCUGCUAAACGAUGGGACCCAUUACGUGAUGAUACUGACUACGAAAGAUGCAUGGCUGAAGCCGUUAUCUUCCAGAUGCCACAACAGCUAAGAACACUUUUCUGUGUGAUACUUCUAUACUGUAGCCCGACAAAACCGAUAGAUCUCUGGAAUUCGUUUAAAGCACAUAUGACCGAGGAUUUCAUGCAACAUGUCGAUGCUCAAACAGCAGAAGCAAUGGCAUUCUAUGCAAUCGAAGAAAGGCUAAAAGAACAAGGUCGAAGUUGCAAUGAUUUUGGUAUACCAUCAUCAUCAUCUGUUCCUUAUUCAUUUGAACCCAAAAUUAUCAACAAGGAAGAAGAGCUUCGAAUAGGACAAGAAAUGUAUGCAAUGUUGAAUCGAGAUCAGCGUUCAGCAGUGGAUGCAAUUCUUGCAGUUCAUCAUAAACAAUCAACUACUGCUGGCUCAUGUUUCUUCAUAGGUAGAUCUGGAGGUACAGGAAAAACCUAUAUUUAUAACACCCUGUACCAUUUAUUUAUGGGACAAGGCGUCCAUGUUAUGCCAGUUGCAUGGACAGAGAUUGCUGCAAGUUUACUGCCUAACGGAAGAACUGUGCACAGUCGUUUCAAGCUUCCUGUACCUAUCUUGAAAACAUGUACAUCCAGUAUUCAACCAAACAGCAUGGAAGACGAAGAGAUCAGAAGGACAGAAGUUUUCAUUUGGGACGAAGCACCAAUGGCUGCAUCCGACGCUCUCAAAGCAGCUGAUAUUUUGCUGAGAGAUACAAUGAAUAUCAAUGCACCUUUCGGAGGAAAAAUUAUGAUACUCGGUGGAGAUUUUCGACAAUUCUUCCAGUCAUUCGAUUCGCAAGCAGAUCAGAAUUAG